UGUCCAUACCAAGGCCCGCUCUUCCCUCCGCCGCGGAAUCCGCUGUCGACGUCAGCAAUCCAGGGCGCACAAGAGAGCUUCGCUGCGCAGCUCGAGGAUGCCCUCAAUGGCGCCGACGAAUUGGGCUCUUCGCUUCUCCUGAACGAAACCUUCUUCUCCAUAAGCGUCUUCUCCAGCACCUCCUCUUUGUUCACCUACCACCACGUUGCUGCCCCAUCGGAGGUUGCAGACGAAGGCCUGACGUCCAAAACUCUCGAUGGUGAUUCCAUCUACCGCAUCGGAAGCGUGUCGAAGCUGCUCACCUUGUACACCCUCCUUGUCGCCCAAGGCGAUGUCGAUUGGAACCAGCCCAUCACCAAAUUUGUGCCUGAGCUCUCGGACGGCGAGACCGACGACGAACUUCGGAGUAUCCAAUGGGAGGACGUCACCAUCGGGGCGCUGGCUACCCAUCUUGCCGGGAUAUCGCGCAUGAACGCCUGGGGAGACCAGGUUUUCGAGAACAGCUCCACGCUGGAAGCCGCUGGGCUGCCAAGCACGUACGAUGAGAACGACAUUCCGACAUGCGGCCUCGGUUUGCUACCAAACCCUCCGAAGCAGAUCCAGGGUCUUAACAAGUUGGGUCCGUUCAUGCCGCCGUUCCAGACGCCCGUUUACUCGAACGAUGGGUACAUGGUCCUUGCAUGGGCCUUGGAGAACAUGACGGGCGAGCCCCUUACCGAGACUUUUCGCCGAGAGAUCGUCGACCCAUUGAAGCUCUCGCAUACCACCUUCGAGACCCCUAUCGACACGUCGAAUGCAGUGGUUCCUGGAGGCCUUGUCGAUGCCGCAUCGACCUCCGGGUGGGGCGUGGACCUUCAGGACAACAACCCGGCCGGAAGCGCCUAUUCGACGACCAACGAUGUAACGGCAAUUGGCCAGUCGAUCUUGCAGUCCAGCCUUCUCUCAAAGGCCCUCACCCGCCGAUGGCUAAAGCCCCACGCUCGUACUUCGGAUGACACCCAGGCAGUCGGAGCACCGUGGGAAAUAGCGUCAAUGCGAAUUCCGCUUUCGGAUGGCAAGGCAGAAAACACCUCGACGACUCGAGUCGAUCUGUACACGAAAGGCGGAGACAUUAUUGCGUACAGCAGCUACCUUGUGCUUGAGCCCGACCGGGACUUUGGCUUUGUUGUUCUCGGCGCCGGACUUCCGUCGGCGGGGAACCAGAUAAGAUAUCUUAGCGAUCUGGCCGCGCGCACGUGGGUUUCAGCGCUGGAGGCUGCGGCGCGCGAAGAGGCAACGGCGGCGUACGCGGGGGAUUUCGCGUCGGACGACUCUGCCAUGUCCAUCGUGGUUGAGGAUGGCAAGCCGGGGCUGCUGGUGGCCGAGUGGGUGAGCCAUGGCGUCGACGUGCUGGCGGCGGCGGGAGCGGGUGCAAGCGUGCGCCUGUACCCCACGGGGCUGGCACGAGGCAACAAGUACGCUUUCCGCGCCAUCACCGAGGCCCUUCCAGCAUCGUGGCUGGGCGGUCCCAUCGACACAGCCUGCGUCUCGUGGGCGCUGGGCGACCGGGCGCAGGUUGCCAGCCGGAUGAUUGAUGACUUCGUGAUUGAGCUGGACGACGAGGGUCGGGCGGUUAGCGUCGAGCCGCGGGCGUAUAGGGAGACGCUGUUGAGG